AUGAGUAUUCUUAUAAAAAUUUCAUUUUUCUUAGUGAUUUUAAAAUUAAUUUUAUCUCAUAACUACAUAAAAAUUCCUGAAGUUGAAAUAAAUAAGCUAUAGCCAGUUUUAUAUCCUGACACUGCUUUAUAAAAUGAAGAAUAACAGUAAGCUAUUAUAAAUCAAACAUUCGAAAUAGUGUUCUCUGAAAUACCUUAAGUUCUAAUUAGUAUCAAUCACUUAGAUUUAUGGGCUAACAGUUUAUAAAAUAUCAAUUUUUAAGUAAAUUUACUUUAAAUUAACCUACUAUCAUUUAAUGCAACUGUAUAAAAAUCCCAAAAUUAAGAAUUAUAUGGAUUAAAUAUACAAUAUUUGGCUAUUAACAUCAAAGAUGCUUAUGUUAAAAAAGGGACUUUUUAAUUUUCAAAUUAAAUUUACAAUUAAGAUUCAUAGUGGGUCUAUGCAAAAUAAUCAUUUAAUUAUUAAAGAAGUGAUUUAGAUUUUGAUAUAUGGAAUGUGAGUAUUUCGGUUUAUAUUAUUGGAAUAGAUAAAUCUGUUUAAUAAACAAAAAAUGCUUAUUUAAGUAUUAUUUCAGAAAUCAAUUAUUAAAGUUAUUACAGUAUACAAACAUAUAUUGAAUAAUCAAUAAAUCCACCGUAUUCAACUAAUCCAAUUUUAAGCGAUAAAGGUAAUCAAGAAAUCAUAACUCCUUAAUACAAUAUAUUAAUUGAUAAGAUUGCAGGAAUUUUUUAUGGAUUCACAGGAUUUGAAAUGACUUUAGAUUAAGUAUUUAGACUGAGCCUAAAAGAGAAAUAAAUUAUACUGAAAUAAUAGCAGCAUAAAGUUAGAUAUUAGUAUUUGCAUAAUUAAAUUGCAACAAAAAUGGAACAUACUUUUUAGAUGAUUAGAGAACCUGUACUUAAAAUUGCCCAAAUUUUGGAUACUAUAAAGGAUAAGUUUUUGAUCCUAUAGAAAGAAACUUAAACUAUUGCUUAUAAUGUGAUAAAUCUUGCUAAAUAUGUGAUGGUAAAACUUCUUAGAAUUGUUUAUCUUGUUAAAAAUCUUAUUACCUUUUCUAAAAGCAAUGUAUGGCUUGUCCUGAAUAAUGCUUAAACUAUUUUAACCAGCUAACACGUUUUGUGA